UGCCAUUCAGGAUUAAGCCGCGAGCCGCAACAUCUGUCGCUAGCCCAGCCAGCGGCGGGGAGCUCUGGAGCCCCGCGGCACCUGCGGGCCGGAGCCCGUCACAUGGCCCGGCCGGCUGGGAUUAGACGCGUCGCGCUGCAGUGAAAAGCCGCGGUGAUUAUCCGGGGGAGGCGGCUGGAGCAGAGCGAGCGCGGCCGGAGGGAGCCCCUCGCUGCAGCCACAUGGCCGCGGAGCGCUGCAGCGGGCGCCUCGCCCCGGACCAGGCGCUGGCCGGGAGCUGUGCCCAGGCCGAGUGACUGCGGGCCGCGGAGAAUGUCCUAUCUGCGCCCCCCGGGCAGGGACCUGGAGCGCUUCGACGGGCUCUCUCUCAUUUACUGGACACUCAUGGGACCGUAUGGAAUGGAUCGAACAGUGCACUGCAUUGAUUUCUAUGACUGUGCAAAUGGGCUGGGUAUUAAGGUAAUCGGUGGCAUCAAGGAGUUGACAAGAGAAGAAUAUGGAGUUUAUGUAAAGAGGAUCCUACCAGGGGGUGUGGCUUAUGCUGAUGGACGCUUGCAGCCAGGAGAUCAGAUCUUGGAGGUCAACGGAGAUUCUUUGAUUGGAGUCACGAGUGAGAGGGCUGUGGAUAUUCUCAGGACAGCCUCCGUCACCAGCCACAUGCGCCUUCUAAUAGCUCGAGAUGAUGAUGCCAGGAGAGAGUUCUCUGAGCUGCUGGAAAAGUUUGGAUCUCAUAGCAACACAGAAUCGGCACGGAGUUCUCCUGUUCACCACGGCGGCAGUAGAUAUUUGGAAAGUACAUCCUCGGGGUCUUCGUCACGUUCCCAGAGUCCUCUGCUGCUGAGCCCUGCAAAUUCUCAUGGCCCACUCAUUGGAAACUCGGCUCAUUCCCCACAGUCAAGCUCGCACUACUCCAUUGAAUCAGGGAUUCAGUGCAUCUCCAUAGCAAAAUCCUCUGGGUUGGGGUUGACAAUCAGUGGCGGAUCUAACAGGCCAGAGGGUCCCAUGAUUUAUGUUCAAGAGCUUAUGCCAGAAGGGGACUGUUACAGAGAUGGGCGGCUUCGGCCUGGUGAUCAGCUAAUUGCCAUCAAUAAAGACUCUUUGGUGGGCAGCACAUAUGAAGAGGCCAGAAAAAUACUUGCAAAAACCAAAUUCAGACAUGAGGGAAACACAGAAGUGGCCUUUAUUCCUGGAAGGGGACGGUUACAUCCCGGACUCUCAGUUCAUAACAGCAUCCAAUUGCCACCUCCUAAGGCCAUGGGGAAUGGUCUUAACUCUUGCAGGUUGAAAGUCCAUGUGAGGUCACCUGAGACUAGACAAGAAAAUCUCUUUCCUGUGCCUUCUCCAUCCCCAGACAUUUGCCCCCCAGAGCUCACAAUAUCAGCGCCUGCUUCACCUUCUAGUCAGAGAGCAGCUUCGGGCAGCAAACCGAAAGUAGCGCUGGAUCCCCAUAUUCGACUCAAGGAUGGGAAAGUCGAACUGGUGCUGCAAUAUCUGGGUCUGGAUGUGACCGAGGAGAAGAAGAAGCAAUUACGGCAGAGUCUGAUCACAGAUUCGCAGGGAACAGUGGCCUAUGGAGAUUUUCUUCAAGCACUCAGGGAUCUGCUGCAAGAUGAGCUGGAGGAGGCUGGCCUUGAUGCCAGUUCUGUGCUAUUCACUCAGCACGAAGUGGCCAGUUUAUUGGAUACAUCUGCUUUUCACUCUCUGACUUUUGACUCUGUCAGCUGCACCGACGGUGAGGAACUGGAACAGCUUCAACUGGAAAUGACAGAUCUGCGGCAGGAAGUCCAAAGGCUGAAGUCUCUUCUGAAGGAGGUGGAAAGCAGCAAGAAGUCAAUGGAAUAUGAACUUCAGAGACUGAACCAGAAGGCGCUGGACUUCCUGUCUGAGAACCGGACCCUGCACAGCAAGCUGCAGGUGGCGGAGGUGGUGCAGCAGCAAGCCCACAGUGCAGAGCAGGACUAUGAGGAAGUGAUCCACCUGCUAGAGGCUGAAAUCACUGAGCUGAAAACUCAGCUGGUAGGGAAGAAAACAAAGCAUGUCUCCGAAGCAGAGGGAGACAUUCUGGAGCUGAAAAGACAGCUGUCCCUGGCAGAUGGUCAGUUGCGGAAAUCUGAAGUCAUGCGGAAGCGCUUGGAAAUCUGCAACAGGAAGCUGCUCCUGUUUGUGCAGAAUGUUCACAGAGUCCUGAGCACGCCCAGCCAGUUACCAGAUGAGACAAGAGUCAACAGUCGGACAGAGGAGGAUAAAACAGAAGCAAUCUCGGAUGCUUCUCUUCCGUCUCCAGAUCUCCUGGACCUGUUGAUAUCAGAAGCUAAAGAAUUGUUGGAGCCCAUCCUCGCUAACACCACAAAGGAUGUAUUGCCAUACAACUGGGACGAGUGCCUGACUGGGGAGGGAAACCUAAACUACAAGGACCAUCUUCAUCAGAAAACCACAUGGCCCCCUCCUCCGACCCAUAGCAAGAGUGAUGACCCACAGCCCUCGAGCCCAACCAAGGAACUGCCUGAGAAGACUACAUAAAUCUCCUGAGAUGCACUCCUAUGCAUAAUCAUGUAUAUUCAUAACACAGAUGCUCUGCUGGGAGACAGACAGAAUGCAGAAUGGAUAGUUCAGUUUCCAGGCAGAGCAAAAAAUCCAUGAGUUUUCUGCUGAGACACUGAUUCUUCUGACUUGCCACCUAAGACUUAAGCAGCAAACCCACCCGCAUGGCUACCUCUGAAUUAUUAUACAAGGCUGUUCUCUCUUGGUUCUGCAGCUUUAUAAACAACAGGAAAGUUAUCGCUGAGGGGAUGUGAAUGCAUGGACCCCACAGGCAGGCAGCCUUUAGAGCUGGCAUUCUAUACAGAAAGAGGAGCAUGGACUAACCAGAGAAGGACACAUGGGUCCUGAAAGGAUUUCUUUUGGGGAUUUCAUAUGUGAAAAACCAAAGUAAACUUAAAAACAACAAGGAGUCCGGUGGCACCUUAAAGACAGCUUUAUUUGGGCAUAAGCUUUCGUGGGUAAAAAACCACUUCUUCAGAUGCUUAGUGGACUAUAGUGAAACCAACAUACUCUGUAGUGUCUAUAGCUGUCUUGGAUCCAUAUCAUGUGUUUUUUGUAAAGCUUAUCCCAGCUGCAAUGCUUGAAGUGGAAAGAAGAAGCCCGGAGGUAGCCAACAAUGUCAAUAAUGUGGUACCCGUAAGCUGUGCUGAGCACAGAAAGGACACCAUGGAACAUGUUUCAGUAAAGGUGUGGUGUAACAUUUUGGAAACUAGACCCACGUGGUUCAAGGUUUUAUGGGGUUAGUAGUGAAAAUGGUAGAGAUCUGAUAUGAAAGCACAGUCUGGCAAAUAAAAUGAAAACAUUG